CUCUUCGAUUCUUUCGUUGCCUUACUUCCAGCUUUCAAAGUAUCAUCAUGAAGUUCACUUCCUUUGCCUUCCUCGCACUUGCGGCUUCCGCCAAUGCCUUCACACAGCCCGCUUCCUUCGGGGCCGCUCGCAGCUUCUCCACUUCUUUGGAUGUUUCCAAGAAGGAUUUGGAGGGCGCUCAAACGAUGAUUGACAAGAUCAUUGACGAUACGAACGCCAACCCAGUCUUUGUUCGUCUUGCUUGGCAUGACUCGGGUACUUUCGACGUCAAUGUUGAAAAAGAGUGGCCGGCAUCGGGUGGGGCUAUUGGCAGCAUCCGCUUCGACCCCGAAAUCAACCAUGGCGCCAACGCUGGUUUGUCGGGAGCCGUCAAGCUUUUGGAACCCGUUAAGGAAAGCUUCCCCGAUGUCAGUUUCGCUGACAUUUUCCAAAUGGCCUCCGCCCGUUCGAUCGAACUUGCCGGAGGUCCCAAGAUUGACAUGAAGUACGGACGUGUUGAUGCGUCCGGUCCUGAAAACUGUUCCGCUGAAGGAAACCUUCCCGACGCGGAACCGGGUCCGGACGGAAAGUAUGGUGGUCCGGGAGGCAGCGCUUCAACCGAAGACAAAACCCCCAACGGUCACUUGCGCAAGGUGUUCUAUCGCAUGGGCUUGAACGACGAGGAAAUCGUGGCACUAUCGGGUGCACACAGUUUCGGUCGCGCGUACAAGGACCGCUCCGGACUUGGCGCUGAAAAGACCAAAUUCACUGACGGCAGUAAACAAAUUCGAGCGGACGGGAAGGAAGCCAAGUACAACCCCGGUGGUAGUGCAUGGACCAAGAACUGGUUGGUUUUCGAUAAUAGCUACUUCACAACGAUCCCCGACGAGUCCGCUGAUCCAGAACUUCUCAAGCUUUCGACUGACAAAACUCUCUUCGGCGAUGAAGACUUCAAGCCCUUUGCUGAAAAGUUCCGUGAUUCACAGGAUGAGUUCUUCGCUUCGUACGCAAAGGCGCAUAAAAAGCUUUCCGAGCUCGGAUCCAAGUUUGAAGCCGUCGAAUAAAGAUCCAGUACAAACAAACUACUACCCUUGGCCACCGAGGAUGUUUAAAAAGUACGCCAGAAGGCGUCAUUACGAAAUUCAAGACAGAUCAUCUUCAAAAUGAGAGAUAAAAAUAAAACUUGGCUAGUCGAUGGG